GUCACUUUUCGUUCUUCACACUGUGUGGUGCAGGUGCUUCAAUGGCAUCUUCUCAAUGUCACCGCUUUCUUUGCAUUCACUCUCUGCAACUUCAACCUCACCAUUGCUAUCAUCCACCAUUCAAAUCUCCUACUUUAAUCCCAAAGCCUUAUCAUUGCUUUUCUCGCAUUCGAAUCCGAAUCCCACCAAAAGCUUCUUUGAAAAACAACGGUGCCACGACCACCACCACCAAUGAUUCCGUUGAAACUAGCUCCCUUGAAGAUGAAUCUUCUCGCAAUUCGUCUUCUUCGGAUGAUUCCUUUGCUUUUCUUCGUCGAUUCGGAAAUGGGUGGCUUAAAUUUAAUGAACUGGGGAAGGAAAUACUGUCCAUUACACUACCUGCUGCUUUGGCAUUGGCAGCUGAUCCACUUACCUCACUGAUCGACACAGCGUUUGUCGGCCACAUAGAUUUUGGUGGCAAAUACCAAAGCAAGAGGCGUAUUCCUUCAGUAUCAACUUCUUUAGCACUUGCUGCUACUCUUGGAAUUGCUGAAACUGUUCUUCUUUCCCUUGGUUCUGGCAUCAUUAUGAACAUCAUGGGUAUACCUGCUGAUUCCCCUAUGCGUGGACCUGCUGAGAACUUUCUUAUGCUAAAGGCCUUUGGCGCUCCAGCAAUUGUGAUUGCAUUAGCUGCUCAAGGCACUUUUCGUGGAUUUAAGGAUACAAAGACGCCUCUAUAUGUUGUUGGUGUUGGCAACGUUCUUAAUGCGAUAUUGGAUCCAAUAUUAAUGUUCUUUUUUGGUCUUGGCAUUAGUGGUGCUGUAGCUGCUACAGUGAUCUCUGAAUACUUAAUUGCUUUUAUUCUUCUAUGGAAAUUGACCGGAAAUGUGCUCCUAACGCCUUUUCACCUUGAUGGGAGAAAAAUUUUCAGCUAUCUGAAAUCUGGUGGUCUUCUUAUCGGCAGGACUGUGGCUGUGUUUCUGACUUUGACACUGUCAACCUCUAUGGCAGCUAAGCAGGGCCCUAUACCUAUGGCUGGUCAUCAAAUUUGCAUGCAAGUUUGGCUGCCGAUAUCUUUGGUCACUGAUGCUCUGGCACUUGCUGGUCAGACACUUCUUGCCAAUAGUUACUCGCAGGGAAAUUACGAGCAAGCACGCCUCAUUACAUAUAGAGUAUUACAGAUUGGUUUAGGAACAGGAAUUACUUUGUCCAUGAUCUUAUUCUUUGGGUUUGGAUCAUUUUCAAGCUUAUUUACCACAGACUUGGAAGUUUUGAGUGUUGCUCGGUCAGGCAUAUUGUUUGUGGCUGGAACUCAACCAGUGAAUGCUUUGGCAUUUGUCAUUGAUGGGCUUUACUAUGGGGUAUCAGACUAUGGCUAUGUUGCGUACUCAAUGGGAUGCUGGUUGGACUAGUUUCUUCAAUGUUCUUGCUGGUAGCUGCUCCAGAACUUGGACUUCCUGGAGUCUGGGCAGGGUUGUUUCUCUUCAUGACUAUGCGUGUUCUCGCUGGAACAUGGAGAUAGAUAUUUGGCAUUGACACAUCUAAUUCAUUAUUAUGGUGACAGUUGGGACACUUUUUGUUGGUUGUUAUGACUCACUAUACCCUCCAUAUUGGGAACCUUGCACCAAAAGGAAUCCCAGCAUGAAACUGGACAUGCUUGUCAACAUGUGAUAUGGCAUGCUGUCACAUGUAUGAAAAUGUCUUGCAACUUUAUUUUAGAGUUAAUCUUUUUCAUAGUCCUACUCCUAUAGCUAGAGCUAUAAGCAGACUUGAGAAAAAUUUAGAGGGAAUUAUGGAAAGUGAUUUAAAUAUAAAUAAUUUAAACACAUGUUUUGAUAGGUUGAGCAGCAAAAAUGGCCCGUGGAGUAUGAUCUGGUAUAAAGAUAGCGGUGGAGACUGACUGACAUUAUUUUGAAGUCAUCCAGUAAAGGCCAACUUUUUGAAUGGCCAGAGCAUGAUCAAGAGCUCUAUGUUGUGAAAAAUAGGCCUGAUUUCCAUAGCCUUGCAAUUGGAUAGAAUACAUAAUAGUGUAGGACUAGAGCAAGUUAUUGGAAUGUUGCAGUACUUGGUGCAAACCAGUUUUCCAAAAUGAAAAUGUUGCUGAUACAGCUAGAUUGAAUUUAUAUAGUUUCCAAAGAAGUACACAGAGAGGGAGAGAACAAGUCAUAGAAGAAAUUUGUAUUUAUUAGGAGAUUGCAGUCUUUUGUUUAGCAUUUGUAGGGAAAGGCAACCUUGCAUAUUUGUGACAAUUUAUGCAUUCUUUUUCUUUUGAUAUGUGAUUCUUCUAAAUGGAAUAUAGUCCUUUGCAUUGUUCAAGACAGUAAUUUCCACAUUACUAAACAAUUCGAAGUGAUUUGCAAUUUUA